AUGGCUGAACAAACCCCUCGCAUCAACGCCUCAUACCUAGAGAACUUCACCCACCGCACAGUCCGCAUCUUGGGCAAGGUCACACAACUCAGAGGCGAAGAAGCCACCAUCGAUGCUGGCGGUCAGAUCAACGUGCAUCUCAACAGAGAAGCACACUUGACUGUCGACCACGCUGUCGAGAUCAUCGGCAAGGUACAAGCAGACUUGAGUGUUCGCGUCCUGACCAGCACAGACUUUGGCGAAAGCAUCGACUUUUCCCUCGCAGAUGCAGUGGUCGACGCAACACACCGCCAUAAUGAGAUCUUCUACUCGAAAGAGUAA